AUGUUUUUAAAUUGUUAUCAAUCCCCAAUUUUUGAGGUCUAUAAUUCAAAAGACGCUAAGAAUUCAAAUGGAAAUAAAGAAAAACUCAAACAUUACUCUAAAUUGGUAGAUCUUCAAUCCUCUGUUUAUGAAUAUAACUCACUCUUAAAAACAUACCUUCUAAUGACGAAAUAAGUUAAAUUGCCGCAUGGAAAGGAUUCUGAGUUAUCUUUGGUUCAUCCUAUUAUUGGAAUUCAAGGAUACUUUAAAGACUCUAUACAUAUUGAAUUAUUUGUAGUUGAUACAAAAUCAACAAGAAGAAGGAUAAUUUUGAAUUCUUUGAAAAAAAGUGAAUGUAAACCAUUUUUUAUCUCGUAUCCCUUGUAAUCAUAGUCAAUCUAUAAUAAUUGGGUUACCAUCCUAAUUCAAAUGCCUUCAUUUGUAUCCUAAUUCAAAGGGUCUAGUUAUAGAAGUUUGGAAUCAAUCUUAGUUUAGAGUUCUUGCUCUAUACGAAGAAUAUUUACAAUGCAAACCUUUAAUGAAUCAUUGUUAUCCUAGUUUCAAUAUCCAAUUGAAUCUAAUCCCAAGAGUUUCUUGAUUUCAUUUCAAAAUGAAUAGGAACUAUUUGUAGAUAGCAAUCAAGAAUAAUAGUUGAAUGCUAAUGCACUUAAAUAAGCUAAGCUUAAAUAAAUAUAAUAUGAUAUUCCUAAAGUAUAGAAGUUAACAUUAAAUCCAUAAAAAAUUCAAGAACCCUUACCCUAGAAUAAUUCAACAGAGCGUGAAUCAAAAGUAAAGGAAUGUGAAUAAAAAGUAAAAAGCAAACCACAGAAAAAAGCAAAAUAAAAUAAAGAAAAUGAAUUUUUAGAUCUAUCUUUAAACAUUGAUAAAAAAUAAAAGAAUUUAGAGAAUGAUGAAAUUGAUUUAAAAAACAUAGAUGAACUCAUUAAAAUUAUAGAAUAAGAUAGUAAUUAAUAAAAAGCAAAAGAAAUUGAAAAAAAUAAAGAAUAAAAUGAAGAAGGAGAUUUAAUUAAUAUCAUGAAUGCAAUUAAUGCUAUUGAAAACUAAGAAAGUUCGAAAUCAGAAAUUAUAAUAAAAAAUCCAAUAGGAUGUACAACAAUCACAAAAUAAGGAAAAACUACAUUAAUAUUAGAAAAUAGGAAAGAAUAAGAAAAUUUUGUAAAAAUAAUCUAUGACCCAAUAUUAAACUGCUAUUUUGAUAUAACCACUAACAAAUGUUAUGUAUGA